CUGGUGCCUCUUUUGUGAAGCGGCGGCUGAGGAGACCGCGGGACUCGCCAUGGCCGACGAAAAGCUGAAGGAAGGAGUCAAGACUGAAAACAACGACCACAUUAAUUUGAAGGUGGCAGGGCAAGAUGGUUCAGUGGUGCAAUUUAAGAUUAAGAGGCACACACCACUUAGUAAACUAAUGAAAGCCUAUUGUGAACGACAGGGUUUGUCAAUGAGGCAGAUCAGAUUCCGAUUUGAUGGGCAACCAAUCAAUGAAACAGACACACCUGCACAGUUGGAAAUGGAGGAUGAAGAUACAAUUGAUGUAUUCCAGCAGCAGACAGGAGGCGCUUACUAAAAAGAAUCUACAACUCUUCUCCAGAACUGUGCUCCCAAGAAAAACAAUACAUUCACAAUUAGAAACCAAGAUUUGGUUCAUCCAC